AUGGUAAAACUUCGUUUAAAACGAUGUGGUAGAAAGCAACGAGCCGUUUAUCGAAUCCUUGCAAUUGAUGUUCGAUACCGAAGAGAAGGAAGAGAUCUUAGUAAGGUGGGUUUUUAUGAUCCCAUAACUAAUCAAACUUUUUUAAACCUUUCUGCUAUUCUCGAUUUUCUUAAAAAAGGAGCUCAACCAACAAGAACAGCUCAUGAUAUUUCAAAGAAGGCUGGGAUUUUUACGGAAUGA